AUGGAGUCCGUCUCUGCCUCCGUCGAGUGCCAUCUGCUCCCCGGCCUUCCCCAUGACCUCGCGCUCGCCUGCAUCUCGCGACUCGCGCUCUGGGACCUGCCCGCCGCUCGCUGCGUGUCGCGCGGCUGGGUGGCUGCGAUCCGCAGCGCGUCGUUCGGUCGCCUGCGACGGCGCGUUCGCGCGGAAGAAGGGGGGGAGAGGGCGAUGGCGGCGAGGGUUCAGUUAGCCAGCGACUGCAGUGGUUCGCCUGCUGCACCUGCGAAACCUGCUGUCCCAACAGAACAGGCCACCCAUGCCGCGGCACCUGCAACCCUUCCGGUCCCUGCCAAACCUACAGCCCGUGCUACCCAUGCCAACCCUGCCAAACCUGCGGCAGGUACGGGGCGUCGCCGGACCUCCGUAGCUGCUGCGCCUCCAACGCAUCCCCCCCCAGGUGGCGCCGCCUGCCUCCGCUUCCCCCCACCAACCCCCACGCCCACCCAGCCUGCUACGGCGCUGCUGCCGCCGUGA